AUUGAAUAGCAGCGCCGACAAACACCCAUUCCGUCUACAAUACCUUACAGCAAAGUAGUUACUGUAUACGAACAUCAGUUCUACAACCCGUGUGGAAGGUAGUCCACAUCACUAUUGGUUACCUUGCAAAACACGAAACACGGAGAAAGUGUCGCUGACGGAUUGGGUACUUCUCAAAUGUUAGAUAUUGCAAAAUGGACCGCCAACGUCUCCGCCACCGCCCUCACAAUUGCCCGUAAAUUCCUUUCCCCCACCACCUUCAACGAGCAGCUAUCCUUCCCAUACACCCUCACCCCCCUCGCUUGUCAACUCCUCCCGCCAACACCGCAUCAAUCACCGGAACACCCCACCCCAAAAAAACCAACAUGGAAAAAACACACCUGUCCCUUCUGCAUCGACACACAAACGGGGGAGCCGAAGGUGUUGAAUGGGGAGCAUGAGUGGAGGGUGCAUUUUGGGACUAGGGGGCCUAAAAUGAGGAUGGGCGGUGGGGAGAGGGCGAGGAGAGGGAGGCGUAGGGAAAGUGGUGGUGGGGAUGUGAGCAGGGAGGAGGUGGCGGGUAGAAUAGAUGUAUAUUAGGUAGGAUAUACAGUUUUUUGGGGGUG